UCAUCUUUUUGUAUACUCCGAGAAGUUACGAGAUCCAUCAUGGCGGCUUCCAUGAAUAAACACGUUGUUCCGUGGAUUUGCCGAGAUGAAUUUGUCAGUGUCUACAGGAAACUGUACAGUGAGAAGACAGCCAUACAGCAUCAAGCCCUCGAACACAUUGUGGUGUGGAAAACCAGGUGUGACUCUCAACUGCCUGUGUCCGUCAACUGUACAGCUGAUCUGAUCUCAGCACAGAUCGACCAUCGUCUCUACCUUGGGGGAUCGGAACAUCUCACAGAGUACAAGGUCCGACAGGGCUAUGCCCUAGCACUUAUCAGAUGUGUGAACUUCAUCACUGACCACUACCAGCUGGACAGGAACAAUGUGGCCGUCCCAAUUCAUCGCAUUGGGGAGGAGAUUGGCAUCCCGGAGUGGAUAGUGUCCCUGCGCCAUGAAGGAACUCACCGUGCGAUGCCCUCCCUAGAUGUCCUGUCCCGGGGAACAAUGUGGGCUGUUGACUGGCUUAAGCAUAACUUCUGGGAGAGACAACUUGUUCCCUGUAGUACAUCAAGCAGAAGCAAGGAGUUCAAAAGUAAGCUGACAAAAUCUCUCAUAAAAUCGGUGUCAAACAGAAUGAAGUCCUACAAGAAGAUUCGUUUCCAGACCAAAGAGACGUCCGAGUACCCAGUAAUGAUGGAUGUGAUGAGACAGAAGGGCAGUGAGGAACAGGCCGCACGGCUCAUCAUUGCGUAUCAACAAAUACGCUUCCAGGAGCUGGCUGGGAAGACAUUUGAUGUGAGUGACCUUCAGACAGGUGAUGAAGGUCAGAAGGUAUUGCAAGAGAUGAAGAAACUAUUGUCAGUAGCGACGGAGGGCACCCUCGUCCUGCUGCUGGAGCCUGGAUGUCUGCUGCCCACAGAGGAACAGCUCACACACAUGGGCAUCGCGUCAGACUGCCCCACCAAUAACAAACUAGCAUGGGUUCUGGCAGUGUUCUGGCGACCUCUCCUGCUGGAAAUCAACAAUCUCCGUCUCACGUCAAGUUUAGUUGAACACCUCGCAUCUGCUGUCUCAAGUGAGACAUCACACUGGAACAGACUCGUGCAUGUGUGGCUGCAGACCCUGGUCUGUCCCUACACUAUAUCUUUCCCGUCAGGCAGGUCAGAGUCACUGUUCAGCCACCAGGUGGCGCUGUGUGAACUCCCACUACUACAGAAGUGUCUGCAACAUCCAAACAUCUACACACACGACCUGCUGACAGCGUUUGCAAGUCGUGAGAACGCACUGUUGACAGAGGAUGCAGCAGAGAGGUUGAACGAACUGAUCCAGAUACUUCUCAGAAAGAGGAAGUCGAUGAACAGGGGUAACAAGAGGUCAAGGUCAAUAGAAGAGAUUCCAGAAGUGCAGGUGCUGUCAGUGGCAGACUUAUUGCAAGAUAAUUCAGCUGCACACAUUAAAGCUGUCAAAAGGCCCCACAAGUCCCAGUGGAAAAAAUGUUCUGCAUCUUUUGCUUGGCAACACGUUCCAGUGGGGAUUCUUCCAGGUCAGGACGUAAACACUUUGUAUCAGGACCUUGACCUUGAUGCAGGUGAUAAUGUACAAGGUACAGCUGUUUUGGAUGUGGAGCAGACGACAUCAGCAGAUCAAGAAGAAGCAGAUGAUGUGAAUGGACAGACGGACAACACCAUGGACACUGUUGUUGAUGGCACCAUCGCCAUGGACACUGCUGAUGACAUGGCCACUCCCUUCUCCUGGUCCCACAGUCAGCUGGAGUUGAUAAGAAAUAAACUGACCGUUCUGUAGC